CUGGUGUAGCAUUCGAUCUCUUGUAAACAAGUUCAAAUGCAAGUGAUAGUUUAAUCAACUAGGAUAUUGUCACGUAAUCCACGCAUCUACGCCUAGUGAUUGGCAGAGUUUGUUGUGCGCGUGCGUGAGAAUUCUCCAGGUGAUAGACGCGGCCUGCCAUCGUGGAAAUAAACAAGUCUCUGCACUUCGACGGAAUGUCCUGCUCAAAUGUGUUCCGCUGAAGUUCUCGCCGUUGGCCCCACCAGAAGAGAGGACAUUUUUCUCCACUCUUUUCUCAUCCCUUUACCAAUACCUGAUGCUGGUUUUUCUGGGCGACGGUUCGACUGCGUUGAACCUGGCGACCGCCUAACAAAAUGCAACCGUAAAAUUGAAUGUAACAAAACUUGCGGUGUGUAGAGCUUCUUCGUGUGUUUGAACUCGGUCCCCACAUUCCCAUGGAGCCCUGUGGCAGCACACCCACUUUGAUACGGAGCCAUUUGCUGGGGUUCUGGACAUGGAGACCCAGUGAAACACCGCUGGACCAGUGACACAUCUUUCCUCACAUUCGGACUACUCCUUACUAUCCUGGACAACAAGGGCGAGGCCCAGACAAAGGCCUAUGAUAUCUUCAAGUCACUGCCUCUUUGCUUCUUUUACUUUUUCAAACUUUUAAAGCCGUCCAGUUCGAUCCUUUUGCAGUUCCCGUUCUGGAAUAAUGGGCUCUGGACCAUUCUUGGCUUUUGCCGUAAUUUUUUUACUGGCCCUCGGCGUUCAUGCUGCUGGUCAAAACCCGGAUCAUGUUCUGCAUGACACCGGAGUCAAACCAGAUACCAGAAGGCUCGGAGAUGAUUCAACCAUCGCCCCUGAGGAUGCUGCCCGCUUCCUCAGCUGCUACUGUUCUGGCCAUUGUCCAGAUGACGCCACCAACAGCACCUGCCAGACUAAUGGUCAGUGUUUUGCAAUAAUUGAAGAAGAUGAGCAUGGAGACACAAUCCUGACGUCUGGGUGUAUGAAGUACGAAGGUUCUCAUUUCCAAUGCAAGGACUCUCCAAACUCUCGGACUCGACGAACUAUUGAAUGUUGUGACUUUGACUUCUGCAACAGGGACCUGCAACCAACACUCCCACCUCUGGCUCCCUCAGAGGGAACGCCACACUUGAUCGCCUUCCUCGUCGCCAUGGUGAUCAUUUGUUGCACCUUUAUCAGUGUGACAGUGGUGUGUUACUACAGGAACAAGUGGAUGGCAGAGCGUCAGAGGUACCACAGUGAUGUAGAACAGGAAAUUUUCAUUCCUCCUGGAGAGUCCCUGAAGGAUUUGCUCGUCCAGUCCCAUAGUUCGGGCAGUGGUGCCGGACUCCCUCUGCUAGUGCAGCGGACCAUCGCCAAGCAGAUCCAAAUGGUGCGUCAAAUCGGGAAAGGUCGCUAUGGUGACGUAUGGCUCGGCCGCUGGAGAGGAGAGAAAGUGGCUGUCAAGGUGUUUUUCACCCGAGAGGAAGCCAGCUGGUUCAGAGAGACAGAGAUCUAUCAGACGGUUCUGAUGAGACACGACAACAUCUUAGGCUUCAUUGCGGCUGACAUCAAGGGCUCUGGUUCCUACACACAGCUCUUUCUCAUAACAGAUUACCAUGAGAACGGUUCUUUACACGACUUCCUGCGCCUCAGUACUCUGGACACGGCCUCACUGCUUCGUCUGGCUUACUCAGCUGCCUGUGGACUCUGCCACUUGCACACAGAGAUCUAUGGGACACAGGGGAAACCAGCCAUUGCCCACAGAGACCUAAAGAGCAAGAACAUCCUGAUUAAAAAAAACGGAACCUGCUGCAUCGCUGACUUUGGUCUGGCGGUCAAGUUCAACAGUGACACCAGUGAAGUGGACCUUCCUCUCAGUACUCGGGUCGGGACUCCGCGCUGCAUGGCGCCCGAGGUUCUGGAUGAAAGUCUCAACAAAAACCACUUUCAGGCCUACAUCAUGGCUGACAUGUACAGCUAUGCUCUGGUGCUCUGGGAGAUGAGUCGGCGCUGCAUUACUGGAGGCAUGGUGGAAGACUACCAGCUACCCUAUUAUGACUCAGUGCCUUCUGACCCAUCAUACGAAGACAUGCUGGAUGUCGUGUGUGUGAAGGGACUUAGACCAACUGUUUCCAACCGCUGGAACAGUGACGAGUGCCUCCGUGCCAUGUUGAAGCUGAUGUCAGAGUGCUGGGCCACUAGUCCUGCGUCCAGGCUCACCAUCCUCCGGGUGAAGAAGACUUUGGCCAAGAUGGUGGAGUCUCAGGACAUCAAGAUCUGAAGCGGUCACCUUGGUAUCUGACUGGACCAUCGGUGAUAAACAGCUAUUGGAGCUCACACUCCGGCCCUCUCAUUCUCAUCUCCGUGGAAACUGACAUGCAAGAUGCUUUCUGUGAAAGCAGAACAAGACUGAUGACUGCCGGCUUGGGGCUAAAAGACACUUCCUGUUGAGAGGUGGCAACUUCCUGCCAUGUGGAGUACUAUACAUAGUCAUGUAGAAUCUUCAUAUUGUGGUGACUGUUCUUGUCACUGAACUUGUGUAAAUAAAUGUUACCGUCCUGUGGCGUGAGCGGCGCUAAGGUUCUGACACUUGCAUGCUAUCUCUUAUUCCAGCCCCUACAAUUCUCCAGGUAGUUGAUCUUUUGUGAUUUAAUGUUUUAUUUACAGACAAAUUUGUUUCCACUUUGAAAACGUUUGUUUGGACAAAUAGUGUUGCUGUGCCAACACUGCUGGAUGGAUAUAUGUCACUGCAUCUGAGAGGAGGACGGUGUGUGUACGCGCAUGGCUGGUCCUCAUAAGGGUUUGGGGAUUCAAACGGCAAAAAUGAGUAGGUCAUUAUAAAUGGGUUUCAGUUUAGGGUACCGCUUAAGGUUAGCCGCUUGUUGUGGAUGGUUAGGUUUAGGGGAGAGGCUGGGGAAAGGGUGAUGGCCAUGAGAGGUCCCCACCAGGAUAGAGAUACAAACAUGCGAGUGUGUGCAUGCACAUUUCUUAAAACAGCAAUAUAAAACUGCAUUAAUUCUGUCCAAUUUAUAACAAAGUAUAUUUAGUAAACGAAUGUACAACUCCUUUAAAUGUAUGCUUUUUUUUUUUUCAACUUAUGAUAAAGAAACUUUUUACACGCAUGAAAUUAGUGAUCAAAGUUACAGUUCUGUCUGAGAUUGACAUCCCCAGAUCACAGAUGGACAGCACCUAGGAGCUUCGGCUCAUGGACAAUUUUAAAUGAGGCUUGAGAAGUUUCGAUCAAAGUGCUGUGUUUGUCCGCCCGGGCCUGGCCUUGUCGAUGUUGUUUUGGCAGGAUCCUUGGAGCGAGUGCCACAAUUUCUUCAUAUUUUGCAGUAAAAAAAAGGCUUUUUUA